CGACAACAAGCUGUGGAUGGGCUCUUUCGACCGCGGCUGGCGCAUCCGCGAGCGCUACCGCGGCAGCGCCAAGAGCGGGCAUUGGAGCUACGUGAGCCCGACGGGCGACGCCUUCAGCUCGGCUGCUGAGGCGAUAGAGGGCGCGGCGGCGGCGGCGGCGGCAAUGGCGGCUGCGGAGGCGCCUCAGAUGGAGGGGAGUGCAGCGAUCGCGGCGGCAGGGGCAGUGAUGGCAGAGGCGCCGUCGAGGCCUUCGCCCGCGCCGAGCAGCAGCAAGAAGCGGGGCGGCGCCAGUGCGGGGCUCGCGCCGCCCGCCAGCGAGCGGAAGAAGCCGCGCUCCCCACACCGCUCCCUGCACCUCGGCUGGUCUCCAAUCACAGAGGAGCAGCGCGCUUCUCUCCGCGAGGAGGAGAAGGGGUGGCUCGGCGAGUUCGAGGCGUACUUUCGCGGCAAGCUCUCCCACAAGAACGCGCAGCAAGUGAUGAAGCACAUCACGCCCCUCGUCGCUGGCAAAGGCGUCGAUUUCGGACCGGGCGUCGGCAACUUUCUCGCCGGCAUCCCCGUCACCAUCUCCUCGGACGUCGCCAAAAUCCUCGACGCGCUGCACGCCGAGGGGAACGCCGCCGUGCGCGACCACGACGAUUUAAAGGGCGGCUGGCACCUCCGUCACCCGCUCUACAAGCUGCGCGAGUUCCAGGCGCACAAGCUCGGCAUGUGAGCGCCGCGUUGACUGUAGACCGUGCUGUCUGCUGUUUUUGUAGAGUCACGAUCUCUGGCGCAUGUCCUAAAAAGUAAGGUAAGCGGUGA